AUUCGAGAUUUCGUGAUCGCGGUUCACAGUCGUCAAUUGAUGGGACACGCACUACUAUAAUCGCGAUAUAUAUAUAUAUAUAUAUAUAUAUAUAUAUAUAUGCAAACAAUAUUAAAAUUCUUUCGACUACCAAGUGCGCAAAUUAAAAGGCGCAAAUUAAGUGAUAUCGCCAUGUGCAAUUCAUCUAAUUGUAAAAUUGAUAUACGUGCAUUUAUGUAAUCCCCAUCAACUCUAUUGAUUAUUAUAGUUGCAGAAAUAAUUGCAUAUAUUGCACAUUUAUGACUCGUCAGUUUUGGACGAACGUUUCUACGUUUUUCAUCUUUGCGAAUUUGAUAAAUAAAAGUGAAGUUCGGAGGGAGAUUAAAUAUUUCUAAUAAAUUAUAUCAAAAUUGGUUACCGGUUUUGACAGAACUGCAAAUAUUUCAAGUGAAUUAAAAAGAAAUAAUAAAUAGCGUGUCUUAUCUUCGCCGAUGACGCAAUUAUAGAUGACGAAACCUAUAAAGUGAUUUUUCUUGAAUUCAAAUUCGAGACAUCGAUAAGAAUCGCUGAUACAAUCGAGCCAUCGUUAUCGAAUCGAUUAUCGUUUACUUGGACACACGUGGAUAUUCGAAGAGUGGGAUGGGGCAUUCAUUCCCGCAUGCAAGGUUAGAGCAGUGACAAGGAAAGGAAAGGAAUGAUAUAAUUCGCCAAAAACUGUCGUUUAUAUACGAAAUAACCGCGACAUUUCAACCAAUUAUCAGGGAUUACGUUUUCCGAGUGAUAAUCAUCGCUUUUAUGUCAAGUAAUCUUUGUUGUUUUAUUUAAGCCACAAAAAUUUCAUUAUCUUGACAAUGCGAUAACUAGUAUCUGCUUGAUAUCGUAUUUUUCUGCAAAAAAGAAUACAAAUACAUUCUCUGAAAUAAACGCAAGAUGCUGACUCAACGAUUAAGUAAUCGGAGAUUGCUGGUCGAUUUCCUCGCGUUGAUGUUCGGCCUGGGUGCUUGGAUCGGUGUAAAUGGCAUAUAUGUACAGCUACCACUUAUAGUGCACACUGCACCGGAAGAAUGGAGCCUGCCUGCGCACAUGGUGAUGUUGGUGCAGUUCGCCAAUUUAGGACCUAUACUGUACACCCUGUACAUAAAAUAUACUGCUUGGGCACACGAUAGAUAUAUUAUUUAUGCCCUCUUGAGUGCAGGAACAUGUUCCUGCAUCGCAUUAAGUUGGCUGUACAAUCAUACUUCAAAUAUUUUUGGGAAAGAGCACUCGACCGCCCUUCUAUCACUGAUGUUUGUGACAGCUCUCGUUGGAUGUACAAGCUCUGUACUCUUCAUGCCAUACAUGAGAAACUAUCGUGAGAUUUAUCUAGUAUCUUAUUUAGUCGGGGAAGGACUGAGUGGGUUCAUACCCAGCGCAGUUGCUCUAAUUCAAGGCGUUGGUAGCAAUCAAAUGUGCGUUAAUGUUACUAAACCAGGAUCGACUCAUCUAGAGUUUAUCCCCAAAUCAGACCCAAGAUUCUCUUCUCAGAUAUUUUUCAUCUUUAUCGGCACUCUGUUAUGUCUGAGUUUUCUGUCGUUCUUAGGCUUAAACUUUUUGCCUAUAGCACUUGGAGAAAGAGUCAAGCUUCCAAGCAGUAUGGAAAUGUUACCAACCGACACAACUGCACCACCUAGUUACAAAACUAAUUCCGGUUGGAAAAUUCCGAAACAUAUAUACUAUUAUUUAUUAAUCAUGAUAGCCAUAGUCUGUUUUCUCGGCAAUGGUACUUUACCAAGUAUACAAUCAUAUUCCUGUCUACCAUAUGGCAGUCUCGCAUAUCAUUUGACAGUUACAUUAGCUUCCAUAGCUGGUCCAUUGGCCAUGUCUUUAGGAUUCUUCAUUGAAACGCCAGCAGUUAAACUCCUUAAUACUCUUACAGCAAUUAUUUUAAUACUUUCAGGGUUUGUUUUAUACUUGGCGGCAAAAUCGCCUUAUCCUCCUCUUCAACAUUCAUGGGUGGGUGAAUUGAUGGUAGUCAUUUUAUGGAUAACUCUAUGUGGUUUAAUAGGAUUUGUAAAGAUGGGCAUUACAACUUUUUAUCGGCCUGAUCCUGGAAGAGGUCUUUAUUACACUGGUGUAGCGACACAAAUCGGAUCUCUGAUAGGUGCAAUCACCACAUUUUGUUUGGUUAAUUAUGCAAAAGUAUUUCAAUCUUAUUCACCUUGUGCACAUCUUAUGGAAGAUUAACAUAGCCUGUACUUAGUCUUGUCAAUUAUUUGCACAGAUAAUAUUGUUAGAAAAUUAUUUUACAAUUCGUGUUUUAGUUUCAUUCAAAAUUUUAU